AUGGCUCAACAGUGCCCGACGAGACACUCUACCGGCAGCCAUGCCGGCUACCUGCCGAUCGAAGACUAUGGCCGGACUUUGAUUCUCCAAGCGUAUUCUGUCGGCUUCUUGAUCAGGCAGUAUCUACCGUCAUCCAACAUCUUGCAGACCCGGUACAUACACGACGAUGGCGUCGUCGAUCUGGUGGACUUCUUCCCUCGGCCCAAGACCGCCACUAUCUUGUCCAAGACCAACCGCCAAAGUGCCUUCCGCGAAACCACUAAGAUACAGGAGGAACUCAAGAAAUGGCUCGUCCGCAGAGUCGAAUGUAUCCGCGGUCGCUUGGAGAUGGACAUUGAAAUCUUCCCGGCCUUCCAAUACGCAACCGAAUCGCACGUCACCACGAUCCUCCAGGAAACACUCACAUCCAACAGCCCAAGCAAAGCCGUGACCUUCCACAGUGAGCACUACAAGCUCCAACUCGACGUCACCGUCGACGCCGAGUCCGAGUCCGAUGCCGCGCCCUCAAUCACCUUUAGAAAAGAGAAACGCGAUAGUAUGCCUGGCGAGGGCGUCGUCGCGCACAUCGAGAUCCAGGAGGGCCAGGCCAUAUCCCUCGUCCUCCGCAACGACAUCCCGAAACACGUCACCACGGACAUCACCACCGCGGUCCUCGACGGCCAGCAGCACGACACGCAGUCUUUCUGGUACAACUGGAUCUCCAGGAGCAAGUACAAGGGCCGCUGGCGCGAGGUCGUCAACCGCAGCCUGAUGAUCCUCAAGAUGUUGACCUACGAGCCGACGGGCGCCAUCGUGGCCGCGCCUACGUUUUCGGUGCCCGAGGACAUCGGCGGCGUCCGCAACUGGGACUACCGAUUCUCCUGGGUCCGCGACUCGAGCUUCACCAUCUACAUCCUGCUUCGCCUGGGAUUCUCUGCUGAGGCGGACGCCUACAUGGACUUCAUCAGCGAGCGCUUCAUCAAGUCCCGAGGACCCGAUGGCGAGCUUCCCAUUAUGUUCACCAUUCGCGGCGAAACCGACAUCCCAGAGACGGAACUCUCCCAUCUGGAAGGGUACAGGGGAAGCAAACCCGUCCGAAUCGGCAACGGGGCCGCCUUCCACCAGCAGUUCGACAUUUACGGAGAGCUCAUGGACGCCAUAUACUUGUACAAUAAGUACGGGAAGCCGAUCAGCUGGGAUCAGUGGUGUUCAGUCAGGGAGAUGCUCGACUUCGUGCUCACGCUCACAGACAAACCAGACAUGUCCAUCUGGGAAGUCCGCAAUAACAAGCAACACUUCACGUACUCCAAGGUGAUGCUCUGGGUCGCCUUCGACCGCGGUCUCCGCCUGGCCGACAAGCGCAACUUCCCCUGCCCCAACCGCAGUAAAUGGCUCGAGGCCCGCGACAACCUCAUGGAAGAGAUCAUGGACAAAGGUUACAACAAGGACAUGAAGUGUUUCGUCCAGAGCUACGAAAACAACACCAUGCUCGACUCCUCGAUCCUCAUCGCGCCCCUUGUCUUCUUCAUCGCCCCAAACGACCCGCGUUUCCUGAACACAAUGGACCGCAUUCUCCUGCCCCCCGAAAAGGGCGGACUAACGAGCACCGGCCUCGUUUACCGCUACGACACGGAGCUCUCAGAGGACGGCGUCGGGGGAAGAGAGGGCGCAUUCAGCAUGUGCACCUUCUGGCUCGUGGAGGCCAUGACGCGCGCCUCCGUCUACGAGCCCCGGUACCUCGCCCGCGCCGUCAACCUCUUCGAGAACAUGCUCGGUUUUUCCAACCACCUGUCCAUGUUCUCCGAGGAGAUCGCCCGCAGCGGCGAGCAGCUCGGCAACACGCCCCAGGCCUUCAGCCACCUGGCCAUGAUCAGCGCGGCCUUCAACCUCGACCGCGUCACCGAGUUCACGCGGUCGUGA